UACGAUCAUCUUGGUCCAUUUUUACAUGCUAUCCCCAGUACACAUUGCUCAACUUUGAAACUAUCCCCAGUACACAAAACGGCUAUCCCCGGUACAGUAUCGUGAACAUUUGUAUGGGCAUAUCUUUAAAAGUUUAAAAGUUACAUUGCCAGUUUUUACAAUAAACAUAGUUUAGCUUAUGCUUGUAAAUUCCUUCGAUUCAGUUUUCUUUAUUUAUUCGAUAUAUUUCCUAAGAUUACAAUACUUGUCGAAAUUCUGUGAGUUUUGAGGUGAUCAUCACAGAUUUAAAGUAACAUUUUUCAUGGUCUGCUAAUUUUUAAGCAUUAUAAAGCACAUCAUAGGCCAAAUUUAGCAUUCAGCUAUUAGUUCAAACACUUGUUUCAUUUGUGGAUACGGUAGAUAAUCGUUAACACAGCAAGAUCUUACCUCUGGUCUAGAAAAACAACAGCAUAUUGAUUAUGGGUUGGACUUCCUUCUGUUGAAAUCCACUGAGCAAGGCGCUAGUUACCAUGGACUGGAUGGACGUCGAGUUCUCAGUGGACCUAGUAAAGGCCGCCCUCGAUCACCUCAACUUCCUCGACCACGUAGACAACUUCGAGAAGGUGCUCUCGGACGAGGUGCUUCAGCACGGCCUCCGUCGCUACGAGCAGUUGUGGCUCCCCCUGGCAGACACCCACCGCGGUGUUCCGCUGGUGGCUCCCGUGGACGUCGCCUGGUUCUGGUAUCUCCACCUCCUUCAGCCUCUCGCCUACCGCCGCGACUGCCGGAAGUUACUCAAUGCGACGCUGGACCAUCAGUUUCCAGAUAAGCAAACAAUUAUACCGCACAUGAAUAACGCUAUUGAAGUAUGGUACUCUACCUAUCCAAAAGAAGGAUUUAAUAUAAUCAGAAACGGAGUGUAUAUAAAGCCAAGACGAAGUGUUGGUCAAGUGGAAAUGGACAAACCUUCAAAGCUCACCGUUGACCUGCUGACCAAUGCCAGCAGUCACAUGUAUUUCUGCUAUCAGGUAGCACUGCCGCACUUUCGAGAUCAGAAAUACCUCGAGAACGCGUUGAAUCGCUAUAAACAGUUUCUACGUCUUAAGAGACUCGAGCCUAACGAAUUUCUUACACCAUCAGUCGACAUACUGCUAUUGUGGUAUACCCAUAUGUGCAACCCAAUUGCCUACGCGACAGACAUGAUGAAAAUAUGUGGUAAGAUUUUAGACAAUAACGUCAAGGUAAAACCCGGAGAAAUAAAUGACAGAUUUAUUUUAGCCAGGGAACGAACCAAUGAUCUUUGGAAAAAAGUUUCUAAUGAGGAAUUGAUUCAACCUGGAACACAGUUGCGCCCCAGUGAUUUAAGAAAAGACGUGCUUCCCAUGACACUGAAUGACUUGAAGGAGAGUUGUGUGAUGACCUACAAAAUAUACUUAUCACAUGCAGAACUUCACAACCCAUCAUCGAAGGACAAACGGUGUAACUUAGAACUAUCCCAAAUUAAUAAAGACGGCACACUAGAGGAACUUGUAUCGCUACAUAGCUCGUCCCAUAUGUGGACGUUUUCAAAAUCAUUCAUGUACAACACCAUACAACACAGAGGGCUGAAGGUGGUCCUCAGUCGAAGGAACAAGUUCUGGUGUUAUGGCUCAAAAUUGUUGCUUGCUGAGGGGACAAUCAACAUGAAACAUGAAAUGGAAUGUAUGUUACCCUCGGAGAGAGCGCUCGCAAUAGGAAUGACGUUAAGCGCGGGGGACGGGCAGUCGGAAGUCAGCCUCGGUUUUGAUGGAGCGGUGGAUGAGCCGAUCCCUGUCCUCUGUGACCUAGUGUUGAGGAAAGAGUCGUUCAUUAAGAAGACGAUGCAUGGGAAAUCGUUCAAACAGACGUGGGGACAGUCUGAUACAGAUAGAAGCCACACGAGCUACACUGCCGACCACAAGCUAGUUAACCACGAGGGCAAGCACUUGUUCACGUGUCGUGUGACGCACGUGCCGGAAAUGCUGCACAGUGGCGUGGAGAUUUAUUUCCGGAACAAACUCGUGUCCUCCUCCCGACUCAUCGGCUCCUCCCAGCUGCCCGGCUCAGGACAGAUUGCUGUAAGGGAAAUGACGAUGUCGUUCGACCCGGAACUAGGGGAGCGGGCGAUGCUGAUCCGCUACCACGCCGGGGACUGGGGCCUGUGUGUCGCCAGGUGGAGGCAAGGCAGCCCCGGGGAGACAGAAGGGUUAGAGGUCCGCUUCAUGAAGCUGGUGGACGGGAAAACCAAGGUGCAGCGACUCGACAUGACGGCUACAGAUGUGAAAUUCCAGAGUUUCAACGCGGACGUAUAUUCGGGCGCACUGCGUGUGAACCCCGCGGGCAACACAGUGGCAGAGAACAUGGCCCUCUUCUGGUGUAUCUGCGUCCUCUAUGUGCUCUGUCGUCCCGGCAACGCCGACAGGCAGAUUCUCCUCGCAAAAGAGGAAGUAAAACAAGAUGCCGGAGAAUCUGAAGACGAAGAAACGUCACAGAAAGCAGUAUACGUUCAAGAAAAUGUCUGCCAGUUUCUGUUGGCAGCAGGGCUCACUACAGAGAGCCCUAGUAAUCGCUACAUGCGUGAACGCUUCGGUUCCUUAACCUCUGACCUUCUGGACGCUUAUGACGUCAUCGUAGUCGAGCAGAAGUCCAGCAAGCGUCUUAUUAAACACGAGAGCAUUAUUUCAAUGGAUGAUGUUGAAGGAGUUACGUCGGUUCGUAAAUCAAAGAAGAAAAAGAAACAUUUAAAGACAAAAGAUUCGAACGUUUCAGAGAAUGUAGCAAUUGGUGGAGAUGAAGAGGUUGAAAAGGAAGGGGAAAAUAAGGAAACCAUCGCUGUAAAAGACGAUCAUGUGCAGAUACAAGGUGGAAGUAAAACAACGGGUAAAACUAGACCGGUAAAUGUUGUGAAGCCAAAACUAAAACAGAGGAAGUCAAGUCAGCUAGACGAUAUGUUGGUCAUGUCAGAUGACAGCAUUACAAAAGAUGAUGUGAUCGAAGUCAAAUUAGUGAAAGAUGAAAAGGGAAGGAAGAAAGUUGUCAAGAAAAUGUCAAGCGGCCUCAGUGAAACUGUUAAACCUGAUGAUAGUCUUGAUGAAGAGGAAAGGGAAAGGCAAGCGUUCUUUGAAGGUCUGGAAAACAAAGUCGACGAUAAUACUAAUACUGCUUUAGAUAUUCCGACCAUUACUAAAGAGGAAACGAAGAUAAUAAAAGAAGUAGUUGAGAGAAGGAAGCGCGAGCAUCGUAUAAGUGAGUCUGAAAGAGGUAUGACUGAAGUGGAAAACGAUCGAAUGAAUGCUAGAUCGAAAAGUCGUGUAUCCUUCCAGGUGGGUGGAAUUGAAGGCGAACAAACUGGAAGCAUGGGAAGCGUGGAUGAAAAAUCCGAUACUUCCAGUACGGCCAAAGAAGGUAAAGCAUUACGGAAGAGAAUAUCGCAAGAACGCGAAAACAUGUACCCACUGACUGAUGAAGAUAUUGAAGACAAAAAGGGAAGAAGGAAACGAAAAAAAUCAAAGCAAAAAUUAAUGCCAGCAAAUGAUGAAGAAACAAUCUAGAUAUUAAGACACAUACCUGUUUAGACUUUCAAGAGUUUGAGGAAGCAGUUUUGAUGGGUAUAAACCAACUGUGAUGUACAUGUAGUAAUGCUGAUAAAUCGAAUAAACCAACUGUGAUGUAGGAAUGUUGAUAAAUCGAAUAAACCAACUGUGAUGUAGGAAUGUUGAUAAAUCGAAUAAACCAACUGUGAUGUAGUAAUGCUGAUAAAUCGAAUAAACCAACUGUGAUGUAGGAAUGUUGAUAAAUCUUAUAAACCAACUGUGAUAAAGAAAUGUUGAUAAAUCGUAUAAACCAA